AUGCUCGAUCUUAGAGUUGAUGAAAGCACAAUUUCGUGUAUUUUGAAAAUAGCUGAAGAACAACUUGACAAUAAUAACAUUAAUUCUAAUACAAAGCAGCACAAAACUGUUACCUAUCCAGAACUUGAUCUCGCUCUUAAAGAGUUGGAACCUGAUCAUACAUUGGCAACCCAAUAUCAUUCUGGACAUAAAACAAACAAAGAGCAAAAUGCUAAUAGCUCUCAUAAAUUAAAUCCUCUUAUAAUUGGAAAAUAUAAAAAACCACGCUGCUUUAAAAACAUCAAUAUUAGUAAUUUGCUAAUGACAUAUAGAAAUAGUACUAAAGCCUGGAUGAUCAUAUCUCUCUUUCAAGAAUGGGUUCUUGAAUUUGAUUACCAAGUCGGUUUGAAGUAUCGGGGCCAAUGUGUGCUUUUACUCCUUAAUAACUGUUCUAGCCAUGAUAUUAGUGGUGUUACUCUCAGAUUUACUGAUAUCUUAUUUUUGGCUUCAAACACAACUUCGAGAAUUCAGCUCAUGAAUGCUAGUUAUCACACAAAGAUUAUUUCCACAAAUGACAAUUCUGGUUUAGGUUCUUUAGAAGAUUUUUGCCAAACUACAGAUCCUGUUCUUAAUGACAUUGCCAAUGCACUUGAAGCCCUUGGCCUUCCCGAUUCUAUAAACAUUAAAGAGUUUCUGGCAAUUCCCAAAAAAAAUGUUGUUUAUGAAGUUUCCCUUGAUAAUCAAGUGAUUAUAGAGCUUGUUGAAACUUUUAAAAUGAAUAACCCAACUGAUACAGACUUGGAAGAUGCUGAUGAUAGUCUUGAAAUCCUCAUUGUUAGUACCAACAUGGCAACUGUGAGUUUGAAAACUAUGCUUACAUUUUUGCUUCAGCAGAAUAAUAUGAAAAUAUAUAUUAAUCUUGUAGAAAGAAUUGAAAAAUUUAUUAAAAAGACAAAG